AUGGCUACUCCAGAAGUUCAUCAUCUCUUUCAUAAACCCAUUGCUGACCACUCAUUUUCCCCUGAUAAGUCAACACUCGCAGUUGCACGGGACAGCAAUGUGGAGCUUUACCAGAAAGCAGGUAAUAAGUUCUCGUUGACCGAUGAGCUCAAAGGCCAUGAAAAGACUGUAACUGGUGUUGAUAUCGCUCCUAACAGUGGCCGAAUCGUCACCUGCUCGCAAGAUCGUAAUGCAUAUGUUUGGGAGAGAACCCCUACUGGCUGGAAACCAACCUUGGUCCUUCUCCGGAUCAACAGGGCUGCGACCUUUGUAAGAUGGUCUCCAUCUGAGCAGAAGUUUGCUGUCGGCUCAGGGGCCCGCGUGAUCGCUAUUUGUUACUUCGAAGAAGAAAACGACUGGUGGAUUUCGAAGCACCUAAAGAAACCUAUACGGAGCACUAUAACGACCCUUGCUUGGCAUCCGAAUUCUGUUCUGCUGGCUGCUGGCUCCACAGAUUCCCAUGCGAGGGUCCUUUCCAGUUACAUCAAAGGUAUUGAUACACGCCCAGAGCCGAGUGCCUGGGGGGAGCGCCUCCCAUUUAACACCAUUUGCGGUGAAUUUUUGAAUGACUCAGCGGGAUGGAUCCAAGGGGCAUGCUUCUCGCCUAGUGGUAAUGCACUUGCAUUCACUGGACACGAUAGUAGUGUCACGGUUGUGUACCCAAGUGCGCCAGACCAACCGCCUCGGGCAAUGCUUAAUAUCACCACCCGCUUCCUAUCGUUUAACAGCUUGAUCUGGAAUGGAGAACAUGAGAUUAUUGCUGCUGGCCAUGACUGCGAGCCAUACCGCUUCCGCGGGGACGAGAACGGGUGGCAGCUUACGGGAGCCAUCGAAAACAAGUCUGGCCCUGGUGCCGGUGCUAUCCGCGAGGAGUCUGCUCUUAACAUGUUCCGCCAAAUGGACCUCAAAGGACAGACGCAGGCCGAUAUCCAGCUUAAGACAGUCCAUCAGAAUACUAUCAACACGGUUCGCGUAUAUGAGGAGGCGAACGGAAUUGUCAGCAAGUUUAGCACUGUUAUUGCUCUCUUGUCUAUCUUAACAUACGUGUCGGACGCCUCGACUGUUGGUGUUGUUCCUAAAACAAGCGAAGCUUCUACAUACGGCCAGGCCAAUAGAACAGACAACACAAUCUCGCGCAAGGCUUUUGCCUCACUAGAAGAGCUCUCGCGUAUCGUUGAUAUCUCAUAUUGCGUCGGUAGCACGGGGGUUAAGAAGCCGUUCGAAUGUAUGAGUCGUUGUGAUGAUUUUCCAGGGUUUGAAUUGAUCACCACAUGGAGCACUGGCCCAUUUCUCUCAGAUUCUUGCGGCUAUAUCGCGCUGUCCCAUGCCCCACAUCUGAAGCGCAUCAUCAUUGCUUUCCGUGGCACUUAUUCGAUUACAGAUACGAUAAUCGAUCUUUCAGCUUACCCGCAGGCGUACGUGCCAUAUGACCCGAGUGGUGAUGAUGACAAGGAAACACCACGAUGCCUCAACUGCACGGUUCACGCGGGGUUCCUGGCCUCAUGGCUGAAAAAUCGCUCGACUAUCCUCGGACAUGUAUCUGCAGCAAAGGAGUACUAUCAUGAAUACGCGGUGGUGCUGGUUGGUCACUCACUUGGAGGGGCUGUUGCUGCACUGGCCGGGCUUGAGAUGCAGAUGCGAGGCUGGAGUCCACAGGUGACGACAUUUGGAGAGCCCAAACUCGGGAAUAAGGAAUUCGUCAAAUUCUUCAACAAGAUGUUUAACCUUGGAGCGUCAUUGCCAUCAUCUGAUGCGCAGCACUGGCAAUUUCGAAGGGUAACUCACGUGAAUGACCCUGUACCUCUUCUCCCUCUGGAAGAAUGGGGGUAUGAGGUGCAUGCCGGGGAAAUCUUCAUCUCAAGGGGUGUUCUCCCGCCAUCCGUAUCCGAUGUGAUACUUUGCGACGGCAAUGAAGAUGCGCGCUGCAUCACUGGGGCGGAAAGCACCAUAAGAGCCAUGCUACAUGACAUCAAAAUCAAUAUUGCGAACGACCAAAAGCGUCCAAGGGAGGUGGACCCCCAAGACCAAGUGGUUUUGGCUGAUAGUGACUCCUCGUCACCACCUGUAGUAGAUUCUCAAAGCGAUGCUGAUAGACCACGGAUAUCGCUUCAUCUACCGUGGAACCUUAUCCCUCUCCAAUACCGACUUUGGGAACUGUUCUUUGCUCAUCGAGACUACUUCUGGCGGCUGGGUCUUUGCAUCCCUGGUGGUGAUCCAACGGGCAACGGGGAAGAUUGUUCAAAUCGCUAA